CUCAGCACUUUCUCCCUGGCAUGUUUCUUUAGCUGACAGCUGCAGACUCCUCGCUAGUUUUACUGAGAACCUUGCGCCAAACAUAUACAAAUUGCGCUCGUCCCUGUGAACUACGAGGUAACCAACUGCUCUACUUAUCCGGCCAGCCUCAGUGGAGGGAAUAGCAUCACGUGAUGUGACGUCGCGGACCGGGUGCUUACGCUAAGCCGCGUUCGGGGAUAACCCUAGGGCUUCCGAGAGGAGACAGGGGGAAAAAGUCGAUGACACAGAACCCAACCGUCCCAGAGUGAUGACAUUAUCCUAUCCCUCGCUGAUCAAAGGAGUCUCCACUUGCAUGGACAAGGAUGGAUGAUUCCUACUUGAACAUCCAUAAUGAUCCGGUCCGAGCUAGAGCGCUGGAGGGUUGAAAGGACUCGAAGGCGAGAUCGAGGCCAGGUUUUGAAGGGAACAAAAAAAAAGAAAAGCAAAAUUCUUCUUUUGCACGAUACGGUAUGGUACGGAUGUCGGACGAACCAAUCAAAGGGAUGUCGAGGGAAACCGAGGGAACCAGAGGUUGAACAACCAAUCAGCAGGGGCAAACCACGGGCGGUGGAGUGGGCAGUGGCAGUGACCGCCAGCCAUCAGGACCCUCCGGUGGUCCUGCCGUUCGACGGGGACUUGCCCAUGGCCGUACUUAAGCCAAAUGGCUCCCGCCUCCGAAAAAUCCUCUGCUUCCGUCCUUUCUUGCCCUGACCGCCCCCCUUUCUCUCCAUCCUCUUGGUCUAUUGGCCAUUGGUUAUAUCUGCCCCUAAACAACGCGUCGCGUCGCGCGCUCUCCCCUUCUCUCACUCGUCGCUAUAACUUGAACUGGCCUUUCUACCCGCCUUUUUAUUCUUUUAUUCUUUAUUCUGCCUUUUGUCUCCCCCCAUCCCCAUCCCCACCACUAAGGCAUCCACCAGGCAUUCGAUCUUCAACAAAACUCUCCCCUUCCUCGCAAUCUCCUCACUAGAGUCCCGUGACCUUAACAUAUUCACCUUCCCUCGUCGGCUGCCCUUGACUCACCGCUCACGUGAUCACCCUACGGCCUUCUUGGCGGUAUAAAUACUUUCGCCCCCGAUCGCAUUCUCCACUCUUUAUAUCUCACGAAUCUCCCGAGCUCUCCGAGCUUCCUCUCUGUCUCCACCACUUUACUCUCAUCCCGCUUCCCUUUCUUCCCACCCCUUCGCAUCCUUCAGAUUUCUACCGUGCUAGGACGGAGUGUGUAUACAGUUGAAUUUCUCUCUCCGAACCAGUCGCGCGAUCGCUCCGCUCUCCCGCAUACCCUCUCACUUUGUCUCACCUAUCCCCCCCACACCUAUAAGCUGUAUAUUCUGGACCUUUUCUAGAAUUCAGUACAAACGCACCUCAUGGCGACCCCGCCUCCAGAGGCUCCUACGGUGAUGAAGGAGGAUAAGCCUCAGCUGCCGCCGUCUCCGACGGUUGGCUCUGCACCUGAGGUUGCGCCAAACAGUGCGCCGGUCGCCACCCCAGAUAUCAAAGCUGAUGGCCCAGCCCCGACGGAGAAUCACACACCCACCACGAACGGCAACGCUCCCCACUCUCCUGCAACUGCCAACAGCACGGGAUCUGCGGCUUCUCCUCCCAAGUCACCUGUGCCAGACGCCUCCGAGGCUGCUGUCCCGACUGCACCAACUUCCACCGAUACCCCACCUUCUUCUGCCCUCCCUGCACCACAGGAAACAAGGGCGCCAGAAGAGACAGCCACUCCAUCUCUUACUCCUCAUCUUCCCCAACCCCAGACUGCCGAUUCUGUUACCUCAGCUGCAACCAACGGCUCCGCUGAGAAAAGCGGUGCCAAUACACCUCAAACCUCUGCAUUCCCCUCUACUGGCACCAUGCCUCCUGGAGAUUUCGACAGUCCUGCUGAUGCGCCUUCGGACGCGAUGGCUGUUGAUGCGCCAGAGAAAGCGUCUGCUGCCCCAGUGAAGACUGAACUUCCCCAUCACCCCACUACCGAAUCUGCCACCCCCAGCUUGCCUCCUUUCCAAACCGACCAAGAAAUGAAGGAUGCCCCAAGUGCCCCAAUGUCCCCCUCCAAAGUGUCGCGGGAGCGUGAGAUUGAUCCAGCUGAGGAGCCAGCUGCAAAGCGGACCAAGGUGGAGAAUGAGAAUGGCGUGCCCGUGAACAACAAGGCUCCUGCUCUACCUACCCCUGCCACUGAGACUCCCGGUCCAGUCUUCACCGGUGGUGACUCUCCUAUGACCAAAAUGCAGCACAAGUUCCUCAUCAAGCAAAUCUCCACUUUGAAGCGCAUGCAUGACUCGCGCUUCUACCGAGUCCCUGUGGACCCCAUUGCCUUAAACGUUCCGAACUAUCCAAGUGUCAUCACUCGCCCCAUGGAUCUGGGCACUAUCGAGAAGAAACUCAAGGCCAAUCAGUACUCCACUUCCCAGGCGGUCCUGGAUGACUUUGCUCUGAUGGUUCAGAACGCGCACACCUUCAACGGUCCGGAGCACCUAGUCUCUCAGGAGGGCGCCAAAUUGCUCGCCACUUUCCAGAAAAUGCUGAACAAUCUCCCCAAGGCCGAUGAAGUGGAGGAGAAAAAGAAGCCCAAGAAGGCGACAGAGAAGACCUCGGCUGCUCGACGUGAGCCUCGCACCUCUACUGGUGGUCAAGUUGCGGCUCCGACCCCAACCAUCCCAGCCCCGGUUGUGGCGGCUCCUAAGGCGACUUCUCCCCAGAGCGCUACUUUUGCGCUGGGUCCAGAGGGUCUUCCUGUCAUUCGUCGGGACUCUGCCAAUGCAGAUGGACGUCCCAAGCGUUCCAUCCACCCCCCAAAGCGAGACCUGCCCUACUCGACCAAGCCUAAGAAGAAGAAGUACCAAUGGGAGCUUCGCUUCUGUCAGGAAGUUCUUGAGGAGCUGUACAAACCCAAGCACCAGGCUAUCGCCAUCGCCUUCUACUAUCCCGUCGACCCUGUUGCGCUUAACAUUCCUACAUACCACAGCGUGAUCAAGCACCCCAUGGACAUGUCGACCAUCAAGGUUAAGCUCACCACUGGCCAGUACGAAAACGCCAAGGAGUUCCACUCGGAUGUCAAGCUGAUGUUCAAGAAUUGCUACCGUUUCAACCUGGAAGGUGAUCCGACCUACCUUGCGGGCAAGGCCUUGGAAGAGAUUUUUGAUAAGAAGUGGAAUGGCAAGCAGGAGUAUCUUGCCAAGCAUGAGCCUCCUCAGGAGCACAACUCGGAGUCUUCGGAGGAAGAAAGCGACGAAGAGGCCGAAGAGAGCGACGAGGACAUGGAAAAGCUCAGCCUGUUGCAGCGACAAAUUGCCGAGAUGUCCCGCCAGGUCGAGUUGAUCCAGAAGAAGAAGAAGACCCCCCCUGCGAAGAAGGGGUCCAAGUCUGGAAAGCCUGGUGUCGUCAAGAAGGACGCCAAGAAGAGUGGCAGCAAGAAGGACAAGAAGAGCAAGAGCCUUUCCAAGGUUGAGAAGUCUCGCAACAUCACCUACUAUGAGAAGCAGAUCAUCUCCAAUGGCAUCAGUAGCCUGCCCGACAAAAAGAUGCAGGAGGCGCUCGGAAUCAUUCAGCAGAACGUUCCUGCACUGAAGGGUACUCAAGAGGCCGAGAUUGAAUUGGACAUUGACGAGUUGCCUAACGAAGUCCUGCUCAUGCUGCUCAAGUUCGUGAAGAAGAAUGUCCCCCACAUUAUGGAUGACGAGGAGCCCCUCUCUGUGGGUGGCAACGUGGCCCCCGCUGCUCCCAAGCCAAAGAAGAACAAGCCGAUGAGCAAGUACGAACAAGAGGCUCAGAUCAACAUGCUCGAGAGCAACCUCUCCCGCUUCCAGGGCGGCAGCGGUUCCCCGGCGCCGAUGCCCUCGGUCGAGGCCAACGAGUCUAGCGACGAUGAGUCGGAUGAUGAUUCGGAGGAGAGCGAGGAGGAGUAACUUCUCUGGUGAUAAGCCCGUGCGGUCAUUCCGACUCGUGACAAUGACCCACUUUGUCUGUGUAAUUUGCGUUCUGAGCGUUUAUUCUCCCUUUCUUUGCUCUCUCCUACCACCCCACGGUCUUGGCCCCCCGCAUUCCUGAGCUCACGCGAUGCUUCGGGUUUGCGAUUGCUCUAUGUUUUGCGCAAACCCCACUGUCAAGCUUUCUGGGCCAAAACCCUUCCUGUACAUAUUCUUUCCAAUUUCCCCCCAACCAAGCCCCGAGACUCACUACCGGACACGACAAGACGGGAUUCGUGCUGGCCAUGUGAUCUGAUCUGAUUUGAUUUGCAAUGUUCCCAACUUCCCUCUCCUACCCGAGGUGUACGUUUGCUCUCUUUCUUCCAUUACUAGGGCAUCAACCCAGUCAGGAUGGACCAGAUUCUGCGUUUCCCAAGGAUGAGGGUUGAGGAUAGGAAAAGGGCGAUCACAAUCGAAAUGGAGCUGGCCAGGCUUCACAUGUAUGAUUACGAACGAAACGCGCAAAUGCCAAAAUGUACUCUAGUACUUAGGUAUCUGGUGUCAUGUAUUGAGUAAUUUUAGAAAAAUUUUCCAUUCCCAUGA